GUCCAAGACAGCCUGAGCUGGGCCUGCGCAGCUGCAGCCUGCAGGCUGCAGCAGCAGCUGUUCAAACUCAGAACUUUAAAAACUUAAAAGUUUGAACCUCCUCCCUUCCUUCAACUUGUUCAACUUCCAGUCACCAACUUUUUCUGGCGACCUUGCUGUUGGGGCUCUGGCAAACGUUGAGAUUGCUCAGGUAACUGGUCCAAGCGUCUGCUUUCAUCGCUAGCUUUGCAAUGGCCGAGCACGAAGAAGCCCCGGGUGUCGAAGUGGAGGCAGCCCCUGGCGAGGCUGGAGGGGAAAGUGUGCUGGGCAAACGGAACUUGGAAGAGGAGGCAGAGGGGAUUAGCGACGUGCCGCCACCAGGGGGCGAGACAGAGCAGCCUGCACCUGAGAGUGCUCCUGUUUCCAACACUGAGUUUCAGGAAGCAACCAAGCGAGCUGCCGAGAUUGCUGCGAGGCUGGGGGGGGGGGAUCCCAACAAGAGGCCCAGGACGGAGGGCGAGGAAGGCGCAAACGGCAGUCAUGCUGAGACUGGACGUCCGACAGGUUUUUCGGACGCUCCUGCAGGCUACACCCCUGCUCCCACUGGAUUCUCGGACGGCCCUCCCGGUGGCGCUCCGUACCAAGCCCCUGCUGUGCAGUCUGGCGGAUUUGGCGAGUCGACACGCAAAGUGCAGAUCCCCAAUGCAAAGGUUGGUUUGGUGAUUGGCAAGGGUGGCGAGACCAUCAAGCAGCUGCAGUAUCAGUCCCAGGCGCGCAUCCAGGUUACUAGGGACCAGGACACCCCCCCGGGCGCGCAGUACCGUGAGAUCGAGGUGGUCGGUACGGACGAAGCAAUCGCAAAGGCGGAGCAACUGAUUAACGACAUUGUCAAUGAUGUUGGCGGCCCUGGCCGUGCUCUGGCUGCCCCUGGCCCCGACGCGGUCACCAUGAUCGUCCCCAACGACAAGGUCGGCCUCAUCAUUGGAAAGGGAGGGGAGACCAUCAAGAACCUGCAGAACCGAUCAGGCGCGAGGAUUCAGGUCCAGAGUGACGCCACCCUCGAGCCGGGUGCGACUGAGCGCACCGUGACCUUGUCCGGGAACGGCCAGGCCACGGCAGAGGCGAAGAGGCUCAUUCAAGAGGUCAUCUCUGGGGAACGUCCCCCCCCCCGGCGCUAUGAUGAUUACGGAGGUCGGGGCGGAUAUCGUUCCGGACCUCCCGGCGGUCAGUGGGGGGGUCCUCAGGGUGGGUACAGGCCCCCGGGCGGUCCCCCCCCUUACGGUGGCUACUCGGCUCCUGCCCCUGCCUCUUACUACGGUGCCCCCCCGUCAUAUGCCCCCCAGACAUACCCAGGGUAUGAUCAGAGCGGCUAUGGAUAUGCGGCGCCCGCCUAUGGGGCUGCCCCGGCUGCGCCUGCUGCGGCACCCGCUUACGAUUACUCGGCAUAUCAGCAGCCAGCAGCAGGUGCUGGUGGGUAUGAUUACAGCCAGCAGUAUCAGGGGUAUCAGCAGCCCGGGUAUUACCAGGCCCCAGCGGAUCCGGCUAGCCAAGGGUACUAUCAGGCGCCAGCGGCUGAUGGCUCUGCUGCUGCGCCUGCAGCGACUUAUGACUAUAGCCAGGGGGGAACGGCGCCCGCGGCAGCUCCUACGCAGUAGUGUUUGGAUUCCGUGCACUAUGUAGUGGAUGUCAGUAAGUGCAGUAGCAGGCUCAUGUGGAUGCGUGGAAGGUUCUGUACCGGCAAAUGGUCAGGUAGACGUGUCUUCGUGAGUUCCUUCAAGUAGUUUGUAGCAAUGCCAACACCAGAUUGGCUGCAAGUCCACUAAUGUGGACCAUGCAUCCCCGAUUGUGAGUCACAUCAUCAGAAAGCGCAACCAGAAGGAACUUGACCUAGUACUGAUGUUCUGGUUUAGGUAUUCUCCGAAUCACUCUCUGUCAGUACCUACUUGCAAGCCCUUGCAUUGAUGCUAGCACCUUUCAAUAUGUGGUUUAUUCGACUGGGAAUUCAUGUUUCGCCUCCAGA